ACCAACGGUCGGAAUUUGUGGAAAUCAUCCUCUCAACACAGCUUCUCUCAAACGGCCAUGUUAUUACACUUAACGGUUGCUGUGCGACGAGGUCAAAAUCAAUCUCUCUCUCUCUCCUUCUCUGUCUCCGGCAAGUCCUAGCUCCGGCGACAGGCCAGAGCUUCAGGAUUAGCAGAAAUGCCGGAGGGAAAAGUGUUUCCCUCGGAGAGUACCGACGAUGACGAUGAUUAUGUGGAGGCAAGCAGCGUGUCCUUCCGGGAAUACCCCCCCGAGAAGAGUCUUGACCCGACAAGGACAAACCCCCUAGAAUCUGAAACCCUAGAUUUCAUCGAAAUGAAGCAUUCGAGAAAGAAGGCGUUGCUCGAACUGCUCUGCAAGGUGGAAGAUGCCAUUCACGAGAACCGCAUUCUGGGCGACGACAAGCCCUUCAAGUUCUUCUCCAAUUCGAGGCAAGAUCUCAAGGACAUCAGCAUCUGGGGCGUGCCUUUGUUGCCCAGUAAAGGUCACCAAGGCACCGGCAUUGUCCUGAUGAAAUUCUUGAAAGCCAGCGAUUUCAAUGCCUCCGGGGCCUUCAACAUUCUUCGAAGGACGCUUCAAUGGCGGAGAGAAUUCAACGUCGAUGGAAUUCUCGACGAGAAGCUAGGCUCGGGUUUUGAAAACACGGCCUUCGUCAACGGCGAGGACAAGAACGGCCGUCCCGUGUUUUACAACACGGUUGUUGCAAUCAAAGACAGAGACUCGUACAAGAAAACCCUUGGAACGGAAAAGGAAGGCCAGGAGUUCCUAAGGUGGAAGGUUCAGUCCAUGGAGAAGAGCAUCGAAAAGCUCCAGUUCAGGUCCGGUGGGGUGGACUCCAUUCUCAAGGUCAUUGAUCUGAAGAACGCGCCCAGACCAGCGAUGAAAGAGCUCCGUUCGCUUAACAGGAAAGCAGGGAUGCUGGUUCAAGAACAUUACCCUGGACUCAUCUUCAAGAGUGUGUAUGUAAAUGCUCCAUUGUCGUAUGUUGUGAGCCAUGCUCUGUAUACCCAAAAAUAUAAGAGCAGCUUCAUCUUUGCAAGGCCAUCAAGAGUCACACAGACCCUCCUCAAGUACAUAGCCCCGGAGAACCUACCGGUUCAAUACGGUGGCCUCUUGAGGGAGAACGACAAUGAGUUCUCAACCGAUGACAAAGCCAUAACCCUGAUCUUCAGAGGAGCCGGAUUCCAAACCAUUCAAAUCCCUCUUCCCGAGGCUGGGGUGACAGUGGUGUGGGAUCUAACCGUGGUUGGAUUUGAGGUGAGCUACAGGGAGGAAUUCAUCCCAGACGACGAUUGCUCGUAUAGGGUUUUGCUGCAAGAUGAAAGGAAAAUGAGGGAGAGUGCUAGAAGGUCCUUUUACAUACAUGAACCUGGGAAGAUAGUGAUAACCGUUGUCAAUGGCACAGCCAAGAACAAGAAGGUGUUCUUUAGGCACAAAUCCAAGUUCACUCCUCCCAUGUACAUGUUAAAGUGAUGAGAUUGAGUGCAUGAAGGGAAGAGAUUUGUUCUGACUGUACAUGUCUUCUUGUCUUCUCCUUUUGUUAAUAGAUGAUUUCUCUUUUCCAGAUCUUCACCUUCCACCCUCUAAGAGACUUUCUUUCUGCACUUCUGAAUCUAAAUAUUAUUUUUCAUAUUAUUUUAUAAUCAAAUUCAUCACUUUGAGGGCAAAUAAAGUGAUGAAUAUUACAUGUGAUAUUUUAAUACUAUUCAUAUUAUAUAUUUAUAUUAAUGUGACAAACUCCAAUACAUUACACUAAAACACUUAGGCUGUGUUUUAUUUAUUGCUUUCAGUCCAUUUUUAAUUUUU